AAACAACCCACCCCACCCCGCCAUCCACCCCGCCAUGGCAGACACAGACGUCUCCACCAGCACGCCCGACGCGCAAAUCGACCACUCCGCCUCAAUCGAGUACUGGUCCGGCAUCAAUGCGGAUGUCGAUGGCAUGCUUGGCGGAUUCCCGCACGUGAGCCGCGUCGAUCUGCAAGGGAGCAGGGCGUUGAUGGCGAAGCUGGGGGUUUUGGCUGGGAAGGCAGAGGGGGAUGCGAAGCCUUUGGGAAGGGCGGUUGAUUGUGGGGCUGGGAUUGGACGCAUUACGAGAGGGCUGUUGUUGUCGCUUGCGGAGAAGGUGGAUGUUGUGGAGCCGAUUAAGAAGUUUACGGAUGCGUUGGCGGAUGUGCCGGGUGUGGGGGAGGUGUAUAAUGUUGGGCUUGAGCUGUGGAAGCCGGCGAGUGGUGCGGUGUAUGAUCUUGUUUGGAACCAGUGGUGUGUUGGUCACCUGACGGAUCUUCAGCUUGUUGGGUAUUUGCGGAGGUGUGGAGAGGCGCUGAGGAGGGAGGAGGGGGGGAAGGUGGUGGGGUGGAUUGUUGUGAAGGAGAAUUUGACGAGCGAGGAGGAUGUGUAUGAUGAGACUGAUAGCAGUGUCACUCGGACGGAGGAGAAGUUCAAGGAGUUGUUCAACGAGGCAGGGCUAAAAAUUCUGAGGACGGAGUUACAGCGAGGGUUUCCUAGGGAGUUGUAUCCUGUGAGGGCGUGGGCUCUACAGCCUAUGAUCUAAGAUAGAUGGAUGGACAUAUUAUAUGUCCAUCCAUAUAUAUAUAUAUAUAUAACAGGGUUAGCAAUUCGAAUAUAAACUUGAAUACUAGGCUAUAUUCAUAUUCAUGAAUAAAAAUUAUAACGUG